AAAAUAAUGGGAAAGUCUCUAACUGACAUAUUCCAAUGAUCCGGUUUUAUGUUCGAAGUCCUCUGCUUCUACGGAUACUAUGACGAAUGGCAACUUCUAAUGACCCAACUUUGAAAGAAGACAAAUAAAAUUUGGAAUCAAAAACAAAAGAUGAUGAAAACACUCGACACGAUCUCCAGAAAAGACACAGACAAAAUUAUUGAAGUACUCCACCACUAUAAGAUCAACACUCGACUAAGCGCCUACAAGCACCUCAGCUUAAAAAUCUCUGAAGCCAGUACGCUUAGGCACCUUAAGAAUGCUAAGCUGAAGAUUGACCAGUACGAGCUACAAAACUUGGAGACACUCACUUUGAUAUUUGAUUUAUAUAAGCCUGAAGAUGAUUACUUAGAGCAAUUAAAAGAGCUAUUUGAGAAGCUUCUUAAUCAAGAUCGAUUAAGGAUUUCAACCUUAAAAAUUUCCUUUGAAGGAUCCCUAAAACAUCGGGUCGACCUUUGACAAGAGAAUACUCCGUGGAGGGAAAUUUGGGGAUUAUUUGCUGAUAACCUGGAGAAAAUGAGAACAAAUUCUUUGAUCUUCAAUUGCUCAAAGAUUAAAGAAAUUAAUGAUUACUUAUCUCUCCCAACUAUAAGAGAUAUCAUAAUGAAUGAGUGCUUAAUUGCACUUUGAGAUUGUAAGUUUACGGAUAAUUUUGCUAAACUCUUGGAAACACACAGCAGCAAGAAUAAAACAAUUAUUUACAACCUUUGAAGCAUUUACCCUUGAUCUGAUUUCUGAAACGAUUGGAUAGAUUUAGGAAGCUCAACCAUUCCUUUGAGAAUAGUAACUCCUGAUCAAGGUUUAGUAACACAAAUACUUGGGCUACAAAGAAAUUUUGACUACAAGGAUAAAUGAACAUGAUGACAUAUCCCACUGUAUAACUCUCCUUUCUUCUCUUCUACUGAACAUUAUUCUCCUUAUUUCUCUAGUAUCUUUCCUAAGCCUUUGGGGAGGCAUUUCUCUAAACCGAAAAAGCCUUCUUACAAUCGAUUCUUACAAGCUUUGGAGAGAGUUUCCAAGGAUUCUCUUCGUAAAGAAUUAUAA